AUGUCAUUUUUGUCCAUAUCCGCUGGACAUAUUGAUCGUCAAUACUUUCCACUAUACUCUGGUGUCAAGUCUCCAACAGGUCGUCAAUUAUCUCAUAUAUGGUAUCAAGUAAACUUAGUCAAUAAUAUCGACCUGUCAAUUUGGAUACAGUAUCGCAGAUACGAGGCCAAUGCAAUCGUACCAACAAUUGGUAUUACGACUUAUGAACCCAACGCUACUAUCAUCAAUCAGUUCGCAACCGAUGUUAGUGUUAAAUUCGUUUCCUUUACCAAAUAUCCUAACACAUCCAAAGUUCUUAUUCCUCCACUUUCAUCAAACCGUUGGAUGCCCAGUAUUACUGUCGUUAAAUGUCCAUCAUUUGGCCUGCAACUAAUCUCCACCUACUCCACUAAGGCUCCAGCUAUUGACUUACCAAUUGAGUACUUUGAAGGACCUUCACAUUUUGUCGGUACUUUUCGUGGUCAACCUGUCACUGGCACUGGAAUUCAAGAAUCUACACUUGCGCUUUAUCGUGAUUGGGAGCUCGUAAGUGUAUUAGAAAUCAGUACUCUUAAUCUUCCACCUGAAUCCUUCCGGCCAACUGGACCAGAUGCUGAACAACUUGCUGGCAUCAUAGCUGGUCUCAACAACUAUGUAGACCCUAACCCAUUACGUGAGAAUCGUGGGGAAGCUGCCUUAUAUGCCCGUUUUACUGUUCUACCUGCUAUUAAAACGCUCAUCAGUGAACCAGAUAGAGCUCAUCUCAUCGAAAUAUACAAUGAUUUCCUUUCUUCUCUUCUAUUACCUUAA